AUGCUGGGCCGAACAUUUCUGCAGGAAUCAUACAUUACGGUGGACUACGAGCGCCUGAAUUUCAGCCUUAGUCAAGCGUAUCCUGAUGGCGGCUCUGCGUAUAUCGUGCCAAUAACUUCAUCAUCUUCCACGCCUCAAACCUCGGAUCCACCUCGAAUUCCACCACCGAACAAGUCUAAAAGCCCCUAUUCAGCUGCAUAUGCUGGAAUCGGUGUAGGUGCAGGCAUCGCAGCCCUUUCAGCAUUACUUUUCACCAUCGCCUGGAAAAAGCGCUUGGGGCCUUUUCGACGCAAGGCCUCGAUGGGAGGCCAUACCUACGACAAAGCAGAAUUAUACGGCGAUCACAAACCUUGGGCUGAAGCCAUGGGAAAAGAGAGAACUGAACUUGAUGCAGCUACAAGUACGCACGAGGCAAUGAAUAAGGAGAGGUCAGAACUGGAGACUGUGGAAAAGGCCCACGAAGUAGGCACUACGGAGAUUCAAGGUAUUGACCAUGUACAUGAGUUGCCCGGUCAUGACGAGAGCGUGCAGGCAGCAGAUGAAAGAGCUUGUGCUUCUUGA